UUUCUGUCCUCGUAAAGACCAAACUUUUUUUUUUUUUGGUUAGUGAUACACAGUGGGCUAAUAGUGUAUCUCUCCUUCUCUCUCUUCAUCGACCAAACCAAGCGCUUCUUCAACACUCUUGUCUUUGUUUUUCUCCAAUGUCAGAUUUUGAAUGCCACAACAACAACAACAACAAGCCCUAGAACUAGUUUUGUGUUUGUGUUUUCGGGUGAAAAACGUAAGAAAUGACUAAUAUACCCUUCUGUUCAAUCUUGGCCGUUCUCUGUUUCUUCUCUUCCUCCUCCACGGCCGAUCAACGUCUCCACUCUCGUCACUUACUUCAUCAACCCUUUUUUCCAGUCAUAACCGCCGCUCCACCUCCGUAUCAACAACCCUCCUCUUCUCAACCUCCGUCUCCUUCCCCACACGCGCAUCACCACCAUCACAAGAAACAACAACCAGCGGUCCCGCCACCGCCACCGCACGAGAAACAUCUUUUUUCCUCCGUCGCAAACCCUCCUCCUCCUCCGCCGUCUCCGCCGCAUCGUAACCCUUUUUUUCCUUCUUCAGACCCUGCUUCUACCGCCUCUCACCCUCCUCCCGCACCUCCUCCUCCGGCCUCACUACCUACUUUUCCCGCCAACAUCUCUUCUCUCCUCUUCCCAACUCAUCAGAACCCUUCCAAACGUCACAGCAACCACUACAUCUCCAAGCUCGUCACCAUAACCGCCUCAGCCAUCUCCGCCGCGGCUCUCCUCUCUCUAUUCGCUGUCAUUAUCAUCUUCAUCCGCCGAACUCGCCAUCGCCGCCGCUCCUCCCGUGCAGACGACACUAAAUCCACAAGAUCGGACGCUCUUCAGCUCUUCAACGCCUCUCCUUCCGACGGCUCCCUGAAACACAAACAACAUCAACAGCCACCCAAGUACACUUCUUCCCACACUUCCUCCGAGUUUCUCUACUUGGGUACUCUAGUAAACUCUCGAAGCGGUGGUUUAGAUCAGCAAAAGUCUCCAAUCUCCCUCUCCGGCGGUGUCACCGGCGUACUGGAGUUACCUCCUCCAGCUUCGUCGUCUUCAUCUUCAUCUUACUCACAGUACCAAAAGCUAGGCUCGCCGGAGCUUCGUCCUCUUCCUCCUUUACCAAAGCUUCCAUCUUUCACUCCGACUUACAAAAGCACUGAACAGUUAAACCCUAAAAGACAAGACUUUGAUGGAGACGACAACGAAAACGAUGAGUUUUACUCUCCUAGAGGAUCUUCAGGGCGUAAGCAGAGCCCGACACGUGUCUGGGCUAGUAUAAUGAAGGACUCUGAUGUUGAUCCGAUUGGCAACAGAAGUAUCAACGGCUCCGGUUCGAACUCGUCGUCGUUGAAUGCUUCUCCGGGGACAAGUUUGAAACCUAAGUCGAUGAGUCCUCCUCUGUCGCGGCACAGUCAGAACAGCUCAAACGACGGCGUUUUGAAGCGGCCUUGUCCAAAGAGGCCACCUCCACCUCCUCCUCCUCCCCCGUCACAACUUUUGGAGUCGCUCUCGCCUCCUAUUCCGGCUACUAUGCCACUCUCGCCUCCUAGUGGGGAUUCUGAUCCUGAGAAAAAAGAGGAGACUUUGAAACCUAAGUUGAAGCCUUUACAUUGGGACAAAGUUAGAGCAAGCUCGAGCCAUGCUAUGGUGUGGGACCAAAUCAAAUCAAACUCAUUUCAAGUGAAUGAAGAAAUGAUAGAGACAUUGUUUAAGGUGAAUGAUCCAAGUUCAAGAACUAGAGAAGCCGUUGUUCAAUCAGGGAAUCAGGAGAGUCGGUAUCUUGAUCCAAGAAAGUCCCACAACAUUGCUAUUUUGCUGAGAGCUCUUAAUGUAACUGCAGAUGAAGUAUGUGAUGCUCUUGUAGAAGGCAACUCGGAUACGCUUGGACCUGAGCUUCUCGAAUGUUUGCUUAAGAUGGCUCCUACCAAAGAAGAAGAGGAAAAGCUUAAGGAGCUUAAAGAUGAUGAUGGAUCUCCUUCCAAGAUAGGACCUGCAGAGAAAUUCCUCAAAGCAUUGUUGAACAUUCCUUUCGCCUUCAAAAGGAUCGAUGCAAUGCUUUACAUAGUCAACUUCGAAUCAGAAACCGAGUACCUUAAAAGAUCCUUUGACACUCUCGAGGCUGCUUGUGGUGAGUUAAAGAACACACGGAUGUUCUUGAAGCUUUUGGAAGCAGUGCUCAAAACCGGGAACCGGAUGAAUAUAGGAACCAAUAGAGGUGAUGCACAUGCUUUCAAGCUCGACACACUCUUAAAACUGGUAGAUAUCAAAGGCGCGGAUGGGAAAACCACUCUAUUGCAUUUCGUGGUGCAAGAGAUCAUUAAAUUUGAAGGAGCUCGGGUUCCUUUUACUCCAACUCAAAGCCAUAUAGGCAAUAACAUGGCUGAGCAAUCCGCAUUCCAAGACGACCUAGAGCUCAAGAAGCUAGGGUUGCAAGUAGUUUCAGGUCUCAGCUCUCAGUUGAUAAACGUCAAGAAAGCAGCUGCAAUGGAUUCAAACUCCCUAAUCAACGAAACAGCAGAAGUCGCCAGAGGAAUAACCAAAGUCAAGGAAGUCAUCGCGGAGCUAAAGCAAGAAACCGGUGUAGAGAGAUUCUUGGAGUCGAUGAACACGUUCUUGGACAAAGCUGAGAAAGAGAUCACAGUGAUAAAAUCUCAUGGAGACAAUGUCAUGAAGAUGGUUAAAGAAGUAACAGAGUAUUUCCACGGGAACUCUGAAACUCACUCUUUUCGCAUAUUCGCUGUGGUCAGAGACUUUCUGACGAUUCUUGAUCAAGUGUGUAAAGAAGUUGGUCGUGUAAACGAGAGAACAGUGUAUGGAUCCGUGCCAAGACAUUCGCUUUCGAACCAGACCACCACACCUCUGUUUCCGAUGGUUAACAAUAAUAAUAACUCACAGCUUAGUCCCUCGGGUUCUAUAGACAACGAGGAUGGCUCGUUUUAAUUUGGCUGCGGGUUUGGUUCGGGUGUAUGCUAAUGUGUUGGUUUCGUUUGCUUUACGUAAUCAAGAAACAUGUUACAUAUAAAAUAUAUAUAUAUAUAUUAUAUUUUAUGGAUAGGCGAAUUUACAUGGAAGAAGAUUUAAUAGAUUUUGGAAGAUUGUUGCAA